UGUCUACGCUGACGCAAAAUCCGCUUGUGAAUGGAGUUCUGUGAUGUUUCACCGUAACAGGUAGGGAAAGUCAAAAACGGCGUGGAAAUACGAAGAGACGUUUCUUGUGUUUACAAAGUAGUUAACGAUUGCAAGCCGUUUUUUAACGCACGACUGAUUUAAAACCAUCGAAUCGGGCAACUAUGCUUGAAAUUCAAAUAGGCCGACUAUAAGAAAAGAGGAGGGGCGUCUGAAGAAGUCUGACGGCGAGCGAGGGAGCGAUCCGAGAUGACUGGGACUAAAUACUCGGAGGCCUGUCCCAAAUGUCCUACUAGAACGCGCUACCUCGCCAGGCAUCUCACGAGUCAUCAUGGCCUUACUGGCUUUCAAAAGAAGCGUAUUUUAGUCGAGUGCAGACGUCAGAGCGACAGUAGUCCAGUAAAGGAUUGCAACUCGAAGGACUCGGAGCACGCGGAGAAGCGCUUGUGUCGCGAAGGUAGAAUCGCAAAAGAAAUGGAUAAAAAUGUAGAUGUGGUGCAUCAGGCGGUUAUACGCAGGCGAAACCCCUCUGUGCAGAUGAGCAGGUGUGACCCCCCUAAUGAAUUUGGUAGCAUCCAAACAAUACUGACAAAAAUUACAGAAAAGCUGGAAGGGAUUGAUCAACGCAUAUCCUCUUUGGAAGCCAGAAUGAUGAAACUAGAAGAGCAGAAAAUGGAUGCUGCCGAGGACCACGUGUUACCCAAUCCAUGUAGUAAACAGAAAAGUCCCACAGACCCUUGUUGCCAGAUCAUCGAAGACAACCUCGGCAGAAGAACACCAGAGCCCACUUUCCAAGUCACGGAAGAUAUGGCCGAGUUUGGCAUUGAUCAUUUGGAAGUCGGCAGUUUGGUUUCAAACAUGGACUCGUCUAAAAUGAACGGUGAAGAUAUUCUGCCUAUUAAUGGGCACAUUAAGCAUGACCUGGAUUCACCUGCAGUGUCAGUGGACCUUAUGGGUCAGAGCCUUGUCAGCACUAAGGAGGAGGAGGAGGCAGCAGCUAUAAAAGCUGAGUCGUCUACAGGAGAUUUUUCUUCCACUGUUCCAGAGAAUAUUUUUACGGUGGGGUGUGCAGUUAAGGGUACAUUUGCAAUGUGCAAAGUUAGCCUGCCUCGUCUGGAGAUUAACGAGUAGCAGUGUGAGUCUACACAUAGUGAGACUAGAGAAGAUAAAAAUAGGGGAAUCAAUGGAAAUUUUCGAGAACUUGGAUGUUUUAUACAAGCCAAAACUGUGUGGGAAUGUCAUCUGUUAAACCACCAGUCGACAAACAAAUGUUUACAUCGUGCACAGUGGGGAGACUUGGCCAUGACACCAAAAAUACCAGCAGCAAAUUCACAGAAUGGAAAAACUGUACCAGUGCAAAAAAUCUUGUAUAGCACCAGGUGCCUGAUGUUAGAGGAAAACCACAUUAGUGUUUAAAGUGUGAACAACUUUAGCAACACCAGAUAGUUCAUACAAAAGAAACAGAAUUCAAAAGAAGUUAAGAGACAAGGUGAAGGAACAAUCAGUGAUGAAACGGGAGACACACUUUGAAUUGGUUUACAUUUGUAUUUUAAGGUUGCACAACUGUUUAAGUGCGCUUUGAUGUUCACUGUUAGCCCCUCACAAGUCAGAUUUUGGGAAUAUGGUCAAGUAAGUCUGUUAGCUGUAAGCUUCAUAGAAUUGUAUGUUCUGAAUCCUGUUGUGUUUUAACUUCACUUGAGGAAAUAUCUCCUACUGUACUAGCUGUUCUUUCCCUUUUUAAAGACUUCUGUUUGGCCUGUUAAUGUUUAAUAAAAUGAAUAUUUUUUUCUUGA